CCUCCUUGUGGUUUAAAUAUCUGUGACACAAUGAUGUCCAUACAGAGGUGGCCAGAACAAGGGUGGACACUUUUACAGCUGCUGUUGAUGGCAUCUUUCUCUCAGGCUGAGGAGCUGCUGUGCAGACAAAGAGGAGAUCCUGAAAACCCUCAGCUGUUAAUGGAUGGUGACAUCAUGUUGGGGGGAAUAUUCUCUUUCCACAGCAACUGGAAAAACAGACGGGAAAACUACACACAAAGACCAUCACCACUGGAAUGUACCAGUUUGAAUUUCAGGGGGUUCCAGUUUGCCCAGGCUAUGCGUUUUGCCGUCGAGGAGAUUAAUAACUCCACAGACCUACUGCCUACCGUUUCUCUGGGCUAUAAAAUUUAUGACACCUGUGGCUCCAUUGCCAGAGGUGUGAGAGCUGCACUGGCACUGGCAAAUGGUAAUGAAGUGACUUCUGCUCCCUCCAACACACCGUGUAUCAGACCUGCACAGGUGCUGGCCAUUAUGGGAGAACAAUCCUCUUCUCCUUGUAUGGCCAUAGCUACUGUCAUAGGGCCACUUCAUAUCCCAAUGGUAAUCCAUGUUUUCUUUCAGAUCAGCUACUUUGCCACCUGUGCUUGUCUCAGUGACAAAACCAAGUACCCGUCCUUCCUCAGAACGAUACCCAGUGACUACUACCAGAGCAGAGCCCUGGCCUUUUUAGUCAAGCACUUUGGUUGGACUUGGGUGGGAGCAAUUAGAAGCAAUAAUGAUUAUGGUAAUAAUGGAAUGGCUAUAUUCACAGAGACUGCACAGCAGCUGGGUGUCUGUCUGGAGUAUUCUGUUGCUGUUUUUAGAACAGAUCCACCAGAAAAAAUACAAAAGAUAAUUGAUAUCAUCAAGGCUUCCACCUCCAAGGUAAUUGUUGCUUUCCUCUCCCACAUGGAUAUGGAUGUGCUAAUGCAUGAGUUGACCCACCACAACUUAACUGGAUACCAGUGGGUAGGAAGUGAAAGCUGGAUCUUUGAUUCACAAAUUGCGAAACUAGAUAGGCAUCACAUUCUGGAUGGUGCCAUAGGCCUGUCCAUCCCUAAAGCACAUGUCAGUGGCAUGAGAGAGUUCAUACUGGACGUGAAACCACUCAAUUCAACAAGUGCUGACUUUUUCACAGAGUUCUGGGAGACAUUAUUUAGCUGCAAGUUCAAGCAGUCAAAGUCAUCAUCAUCAUCAUCAGGGAAUCAAAGAGAAUGUACUGGAGAUGAAGAUCUGACUGGAGUCCAUAACAGCUUCACUGAUAUGUCACUCAUGCCUAUAUUUAACAAUGUCUACAAAGGAGUGUAUGCUGUGGCCCACGCACUUCACCGUGUUCUUGGCUGUAAUGAAACAUGUAACAACAAGGUGCAGCCAGAUCCAUUCACAAUUUUACAGCACAUUAGAAAGAUUCACUUCAAAACAAAGGAAGGAGAUGAGGUUUACUUUAAUGAGGAUGGAGACCCAGCAGCAAAGUAUGAAAUUAUCAACUGGCAGCCAACAGAACAUGGUGCUGUGGACUUUGUCACUGUUGGUCUUUAUGAUGCUUCUUUAGCUUCAGACAAACAGCUGAAUCUGCUAAAUAAAUCUCUUUUUUUUGCACAGAACUCAAAACUGGUGCCUGUGUCAGUUUGCAGUGAGAUGUGUCACCCAGGAACUCGCAAGGUUCUCCAUAAAGGAAAACCUGUCUGCUGCUUUGACUGUAUAAGAUGUGCAGAAGGAGAAAUAAACAACGUUACAGGUCCAGUAAUAAUCCAUCAAAGUUCUUUGAUGGCUUUCCUACGCCCUGCCCCUGUGCAUCCGAUGUCGUGGAGCAGGCGAAUAGUUGAGGACCCAACAAAGCCCCUGCAUCCUACUUCAACGGGGCACAUGAGGGCUUUCCAGCCAGCCUCUUUGCAAGAUUCUGUCACCUGUGUGCAGUGUCAUCCUGAAUUCUGGUCAAAUGAGAGAAGAGAUGCCUGUGUGAAGAAGGAGAUAGAGUUUCUAUCAUAUGAAGAAAUUAUGGGAGCACUUCUCACUGCAGCGUCCCUAUUUGGAACAUUCACGACUGCCUUUGUGGCUCUUAUUUUUUUCAUGCACAGGAAAUCUCCCAUUGUCAGAGCCAACAACUCUGAGCUGAGCUUCCUGCUGCUCUUCUCCUUGACUCUGUGUUUCCUGUGUUCUCUGAGCUUCAUUGGCCAGCCGUCAGAGUGGUCCUGCAUGCUGCGACACACUGCGUUCGGCAUCACUUUUGUCCUGUGCAUCUCUUGUAUCCUGGGGAAAACUAUGGUGGUCUUAAUGGCCUUCAGGGCGACACUUCCAGGAAGUAAUAUGAUGAAAUGGUUUGGGCCUACACAGCAGAGACUCAGCGUUCUGGCUUUCACUCUCAUACAAAUUGUCAUAUGUAUCAUCUGGUUAACAAGUUCUCCUCCUUUUCCAUUGAAGAAUUUUCAAGAACUCAAGGACAAGAUCAUCCUGGAGUGUGCUCUGGGAUCAGCUGUAGGCUAUUGGGCUGUACUUGGAUAUAUAGGAAUUCUGGCCAUCCUGUGUUUUAUUCUUGCUUUUCUGGCUCGGAAAUUGCCUGAUAACUUUAAUGAAGCUAAAUUCAUCACUUUCAGCAUGUUGAUAUUCUGUGCAGUCUGGAUCACUUUUAUCCCAGCCUAUGUCAGCUCUCCUGGAAAGUUCAGUGUUGCUGUUGAAAUAUUUGCUAUUCUGGCCUCAAGUUUUGGAUUGCUGUUUUGCAUUUUUAUCCCAAAAUGCUACAUUAUCUUAUUAAAACCAGAGAAGAAUACAAAGAAGAAUAUGAUGGGGAAGAUGAUACCAAACUCAUUCUGAAUGUGAUUAGGUGGCAAGUGCAUUUUAAUGCAAUUCUACAUUUCAUGUAACAUUUUGUCAACCAAACCUGUCUUGUAGUACUCUAAUAUCUUUUAUUGUGAAUUAAUGAAUAAAAUUACAAAUAAACUCAGA